AUGGCGAACUCGACCGAUCUCCCUCUGGUCCUAUCCGGGGUAUCGGCCCCAUUUAGCGGCCCAACUAUCGCCCUCACCUUGGGCGCCCUCCUCCUCAUUCCCGCCAUUUUCAAGUACAUGAAGGCGGACAGGAUCCCGCUGAUCAACCCUCCAGGCUUUUUCCAGCUUUCUUUGCAGAAAAAAGUUGAGUUUUCGACCAAAGGCGUGCACUACUUUUUCCAAGGCCAGGAGCGCCACCCCGGAAAGCCAUUCAAGCUCCUUACCAACAAUGGUGUCAUGACUAUUCUGCCACCCGAGAAGGCGCAUGAGAUUCGGAACUUGGAGACGUUAGACUUUCGGAAAGGUUUUUGUGAUACCAUCCCCAUAGGCCUCCCUGGCGGCCAAGCCAUGCACGUCCCCGAGCAUCCAGGUGAGAUUCUGCAAAAGGUGUGCAUGAGGGAUUUGACCAAGCGACUGGAUACCUUCAACGAGGCGUUGGCCUCGGAGACAAGUUUUGCAAUAGAAAAGAACUUUGGAAACAGUGCCGAGUGGACCACAGCACCACUUUACAUGAGCGUCGUCGACAUCAUCGCUCGCCAGUCCGCCCGCAUCUUCUCCGGCCAGGACCUUGCCCGCAACGAGGAGUGGCUGCAUAUCACCAAGCACUACACCGUCGCCGCGACCCAGCUCUUCACCACCAUGCGCGGCUACCCUUCGUUAUUGCGUGUGCCGGCCUACUGGCUCUCGGCCAGCGGAAAGAGCUUCCGUGACACUUAUGCUCGCGCGCAGCAGCUACUGAAUCCCAUGCUGGCGGCGCGUCAGCAGGAGCGUCAAAAGUGUGCCAGGAGCGGCACGCCGCAGCCCGUACAUGACGACGCGUUCGGGUGGCUCGAGCGCGAAGGCGGCACAAUCGAACCCGUCGACUUCCAGCUGGCCAUCUCGUUCGCCGCCAUCCACACCACGUCCGACCUGCUGGCCCAGACAAUGCUCUGCCUGGCGGCCAACCCAGCGUGCGUUGACGAGCUGAGGGAGGAGAUGUUGCGGGUGUUGCCGGUGCACGGGCUGAAAAAGACGGGUCUCUCGGCACUGAGGCUGCUUGACAGCGCCAUUAAAGAGUCGCAACGGCUGAAGCCCCUCCAGAUCGUCACCAUGCAGCGCCUGGUCAUGGCCAAGACCAUCCUGUCGGACGGCACGACGCUCCGCAAGGACGAGCGUGUGGCCAUAGAUGCUACUAAAGUCUGGGACGAGUCCAGGCACCCAAACCCCAAAACAUUCGACCCGCACCGCUUCAACGACAACGACCCCAAGUCGUCGCUUGUGUCGGCGGCCGCGGACCAUCUGGCAUGGGGCUACGGCAAGUAUGUCUGCCCGGGCCGCUUCUUCGCCGCCAACGAGAUCAAAAUCGCUCUUUGUCAUCUUUUACUCAAGUACGACUGGAAACUGGAGGAGGGCUCCGCAUUGGAACCCUUCUACAUCGGCACCGAUCCCAUGGUGAACCCAUUUGCGAAAUUUGUGUUCCGCCGGCGGGCUGAGGAAGUGGAUCUUGGGAGCUUGCAGUGGUGA